AUGUUUGACCCUAAAGUUUUAGAUAUCCCAGCUGUGAUCGUUGACAAUGGAUCUGGGUUGUGCAAGGCUGGUAUUGCAGGGGACAGUGCUCCAAGGUCAGUUAUUACAGCCAUUGUUGGCCGCUCAAAAGCCAAAGCUACAAUGCUAGGAGCUGGACAGAAGGAAUAUUACAUUGGCGAAGAAGCCCAAUCCAAAAGGGGCGUCUUAAGCUUGAAUUAUCCAAUUGACCAUGGCAUAGUGACGUCCUGGGAUGACAUGGAAAGGAUCUGGAGACACGUCUAUGAGUGUGAGCUGAGAAUCAAAGCCAACGAAAGGCCAGUGAUGUUGACGGAAGCCCCGCUAAACCCUCUACGGAACCGGGAAAAAAUGACGGAGAUCAUGUUUGAAGGUUUCAAGGUGCCUGCGAUGUAUGUUGCAGUCCAGGCAACACUAGCACUCUAUGCAUCAGCACGUACCACAGGGAUAGUAAUGGACAGCGGAGAUGGCGUCACCCACACUGUGCCCAUUUAUGAAGGCUACUGCUUACCCCAUGCUGUUUCAAGGCUGGAUAUUGCAGGCAGGGAUAUCACUGAGUACUUUAUGAGGCUCCUUCUGGAAAGUGGGCAUUCCUUUGUGAGCACAGCUGAGAGGGAAAUUGUGAAAGACAUCAAGGAGAAGUUGUGCUACAUAGCAUUAGAUCCAGUUCAAGAAAUGAAAGCCAAGGCAGAAGAAAUCAUGAAAGAGUAUAAACUGCCUGACGGGCAUAUCAUUAAGAUAGGCAGUCAGCUCUUCCGUGCCCCAGAGACCCUUUUCAUGCCUGCUAACAUUGGUAUCGAAGCCCCUGGGGUGCACAAAAUGAUUUUCAACAGCGUCAUGAAAUGCGACAUUGAUGUUCGCAGGAACCUCUAUGGAAAUGUGCUGCUGUCUGGUGGCUCCACCCUCUUCCCUGGCCUUGACGAGCGCAUCCUGAAGGAGAUGCAGCUGCAGGUCCCUCCUGGGAUGUCCGUAAGGAUCAUCGCACCUCCUGAAAGGAAAUACUGCGUGUGGAUUGGGGCUUCCAUCCUGACAUGCCUGACAUCUUUCAAACAAAUGUGGGUUACUGUCAGUGAUUACCAAGAUUUUGGAGCAGGAGUAGUGCACAGGAAAUGCUUUUAAAGGGAAUGUCCCACUGAACAAAUGUCUUGCUGGAACAAGUGAUGAUAAAGAAAUCUAAUGAGAUAUGAGCCAGAAGAUGCAACAGCUGUUCAUGUAUUUAUUGGCUGCCCAAACCUCAAAGAAAAUAAAACAUUAGA